CUUCUCUCACCUUGUGAUCAAGUCUAGCGACACACACACAAGCUUUCCUUAUAUUCUCCAAGAUGGCUCCAUCUCGACGGAAGAAAGGCAAGGAGGUUGACCGGUCACCUACGAGCAUCUUGAAGCAUGGCGACUACACGGUCUCCCUCACCAGUUGGCUUGCUGGUGGCCCUGUAGUCCUGGGCAAGAAGCCUCGUCGGGUCAUCGACCUCAAAGUUGAGCGCGAUCGCAAGUCCGAAACAUCGGACCAAUCCCUGGUCCUGGCCAGGAAGGACCACGAUGCAGCUGCCUCCGAUAUGGAGGUUGGGACUUCGGGAUCCGAAGGAGCCCUAACGCUCACCUCGAGACAACGCCGAGAACCCAAAGGUUCUUCGCAACCAGCUGUAAGCUCAAAGCCGUUCCUCACGUACGAGGAAAAGAGAGUCGAGAAAUUCACUAUUCGGCCUCCGCCUGUGGUUUUCAACACGCCUGAAGACGUCCCUACUGGCUGGCUUGAAGCGAUGUUGAACCAGAGGAAGAAUGGUGAAAGCUCAAAGGCUGUUCCGAAGAAGGCCAUCAGUUAUGAGCAUAACGAUUCGGAGGAUUACGAAGCUGGCUACGACUCUCCCCCUCACAACAAAUCAAAAUUACUGCCAAAGAAGUCAUCGAGUGCCUCCAGGAAAGCAUCAGAAAUUCGCAUCGAAACCAAGUCGUCAUCAAAGAAGGGUACUCGAAAAGUCAAAGUCAUAACUGCUGAUGCAACAGAUGAGUCAGAUGAGUCGUUAUCGGAUGUCGAGUCACGUCGUCCUAUGAAGACGAAGAAGCUUGAGAGCCGGAGCAUGACCAAAGAGAGAAUCAAGAAGAAGAUGCACGUCGAGGUUUCUGACGAGGAGACAGCUGAUAAAGUCACAACUGAUAUUGAGUCGUCAGACAUUGAGUCAACAGAUGUCGAGCCACGUUCCAAGCCGACAUCGAAGAAGAAGCCGAGUACUCCGCCGAAGAAAGCAGGAAGUUCCAAAGUCAAGGUCGAGACACGGGGCAGAAAAGGCAAGCAGAAGGUCGUGGUGGAAGCUUCAAGCGAAGAGGAAGAUUCCUCGGUUGAGUCGAUCACGGAAGCUGAGCCGUCUCCCCCGAAGAAAAGCAAGAACAAGAACCGUGUUACCGUUACCGAGAUCACACGAAAGGGCAAAAAGAAGACCAUCACAGUUGAAUCAUCAGAUGAAGCUGACAUAGCACAUGUCAAAUCACGUUCAUCACAGAAAGGGAAGAAGUCCGAAAUCCGUGUCAAGACCAGCGACAAGACAAAGGCGAAGAAGGUUACAUUCGAGCCCACCGAUGAACUUGAGACUACUGACGACGCCACAACGGAUGCGGAGCCUACGCCGGCGACAGCGCAGAAGGGCAAGGGCAAGUCCAAGACCAAGGCAAAGACGAAAAUUGAAGUCGAAUCACCCGACCCCGUAGAGACAACCGAUGCCGUUACUACUGACGACGCAACUCAGACCGAAGCUGAAACCACCGAUGCGGAUACGGCUGUUGCCGAGAAGCCCAAGGGAACUCCAGCAGCAGGUAAAGCCGACAACGACUGGACGCCUUCGCAAGAUGCAAGCAUACUCAGCAUGAAGGAAGGCGGCGAACCAUGGGCUAACAUUGGCAGCGCCAUUGGCCGAAACAAGAAUGAGGUCAAGAAACGGCACCAGGAACUUGUUCGUUCAGGCGCUGCUCAAGUCAAUAAGGGCAAUCAGAGCAAGGCACAUAAGGCACAAAACAAGAAGAACAAGAACAACGAAGCGGGUCCCAGCCAUGCCUCUGUUGCGGACGAGACUAUGGGAUCUGGCGAGCUUCCUGGAUUCGGCUUUGAUGCAGAUCAAGACAACAGCAACAACAACGACAACAACAACAAUGGUGAUGGCUGGAGUGGUGGUGGUGAUCAGAAAAACAACAACACCGAUAACAACGGCGGUGGUGGCGAAGGUGCAUGGGGAGGUGGAAACCAGACCGACAACAAUGGCGGUGGAGAUGUUGGCCCUGGAUUUGAUACCCCUGCUUGGAGUGCAGACUGUACCGGAGGCGGAGAUCAAGAUACCAAUAACAAUAACAACAGCAACAACGACAACAAUAACAACGGCUUUGGUGAUGCGGGUUGGGGCGGCGGAGACCAGGAGAACAACGGAGGUGGUAAUGUCGGUCCGGGACCUGGUGAUGGUUGGGCCGCAGACCGUACAGGAGGCGACAAGCCGCCAAGCAACUCAGGUUCCAAGAAUGGUUUAAACCAAGGUAAACCGCCUAGCAACAAACCGCCCAGCAACAACGGCGGCUGCGGUCCAGGCUCGAACAAUGGUAACAGGCCGCCCAGCAACAAGCCGCCCAGCAACAAGCCGCCCAGCAACAAGCCGCCCAGCAACAGUGGUGGUGGCGGGAACAAUGGAGGCUCUAACCAGGGCAACAAGCCUCCUAGCAACAAUGGUCAGGGAGGAAGCUCAAACCAGGGAAAUAAACCGCCUAGCAAUAGUGGCAACAAUGGUUGGAGCGGAGGUUCAAACCAGGGGAAUAAGCCUCCUAGUAACAGCGGCAACAAUGGGUGGAGCGGAGGUUCAAACCAAGGGAACAACAAGCCGCCUAGCAACAAUGGUGAUUGGGGUUCAGGUUCAAAUCAGGGGAACAACAACAACAACAACAACACCAAGCCUCCCAGCAACAGCGGCGGUUGGAAUACCGGCGGUUCAAAUUACGGCGGCAGCAACAACAAGCCUCCGAGCAACAGUGGUAGAGGCGGAGGCUCUAACCAAGGCAACAAGCCGCCCAGCAACAACGGCGACUGGGGUAACACAGGUCCAACUCAAAACAACAAUGGGGGUGGGGGCUCAGGCUCGAAUCAGGGUAAUAAGCCUCCCAGUAACAGCAGCGGUUGGGAAAACGGGGGCUCGAACCAAGGCAACAGGCCGCCCAGCAACAACGGUGAUUGGGGUUCAGGUUCAAAUCAGGUGAACAACGACAACGUCAAGCCUCCCUCCAAUGCAGGCUCUGCCAGAGGUUCAAAUUACGGCAAGCCACCCAGCAACAAUGGAGGUUGGGGUUCAGGUUCCAACAGUGGCAACAAACCACCCAGCAACAACGGCAAUUGGGGCGGAGGUUCUAACCAGGGCAGCAAGCCUCCCAGCGACAGCGGAGGUUGGAAUAAAGGAGGUUCUAAUCAGGGAGGCAGGCCGCCUAGCAACACUGACUGGGGCGGAGGUUCGAAUCACGGCAAGCCUCCCAGCAAUGGCGGAGGAUGGGAUUCAGGUUCGAACAAUGGCAACAAGCCGCCUAGCAACAAUGACUCAAACCGUGGGAGCGGCUCUCAACAGGGCGAGGAGAAGGCCAAGUCUGUGGAAAAAGAGCUGAGUAUGAAGGAUCAAGAGAUCAAAGAUCUUAAAGAACGAGUCAGUGCGGAGAAGAUGCAGCGCUUAGAGGCGGAAAAUUUUGCUUUGAGAAUACAGAAUAGGGCUAAUAGGUUGAACCAGAACAAGCAACCCGAGGACGGUAUGGGUUGGAACACAGGUGGUAGCGACAACAACUGGAGGCCGCCUUCAGCUGCGGGUUCGACAAGAAGCAACAAACCACCCGACAACAACACAGGUUGGAAAUCCGGUCCAGGCUCCGACCAGGGAUGGAGUGUUGCUCCGAACCCAGGCUACAAACUGCCUAGCAACUCGGGCUGGGUUCCCAAGAAUUUUGUUCCGCCUCAGGGCAGCAAGCCCCCUAGCAACACUGCGCCCCCCGGCAGUCCCGAUGGUUGGAUUUACGGUUCACCCACAGAAAGCGAACGUGGCCGCAUGGCCAAGCGAGUGGAGGCUUGGAAGGGAUCGAUCAGUUCACCCAAAGAAGAAGGACAUUGGGGUACGCCCGACGGCGGCUGGCAUGCCACUCCGGCCACAGAUUCCCGCCCACGUGAGAUUGCGCCUGACAACACCAGGGGUCGAGGCCCUGCCGUCAGAUCUACUUCUGCCAAAGAUUGGAAGCAAGGAUUAACUCGUGUCGAUGAAGAGCCAGACACCGGUUGCGAGAUGUGGAAGAAACCUCCCAGCAACAACGGAAAGCCGGGCAGCAAUGCGGGCCGUAACUCACCUGGUAACUUCAACAACAAGCCAUCCGGAGAGCAAUAUGGUUGGAACUCUGGUCCUGAUGCUGUGGCUGGAACUGGAACUGGUUGGGGUGGAGGCUCGGAUCAAGUCUCAACCCCAAGCUUCAGACACCCGGCGAAGGAUGAGUGGACUGGAGGCACAAAAGGGAAUGAUAAGCCGCCUAGUAACAAACCUCCCAGUAACAAGCCGCCCAGCAAUAACGGAGAUUGGACUCCUGGACUCGGAGCUGCCACUGGCUGGAAGGCAGAUUGUACCAAGCCGCCGAGCGACAGUGGCUGGGGCGGAGGUUCAAACCAAGGCAAGGACAACAACAAGCCUCCCAGCAACGCAGGCUCCGCGAGAGGUUCGAACUAUGGCAAACCUCCCAGCAACAACGAAGGCUGGAAUUACGCCCCGAUCGGAGGAACUUCGAAGAACAACAACAGCAACAACAACAAGGCAACCGGCGGUAAUGACAGCCUCACUGCCUUUCUUCAGAACCCUCCCCCGUGGGGCGCGGACUGUACCGGUCCCUGGGAUAGCAACAAACCGGCCAACAACAAAGCCGACAAGGGAGACGUUCAGAACGCCCUUAACAUUCACACGGUCAGAGACCUACCCGGCUACAAUAGAGAUGUAGCACCCAUGGGCCUCUCGGGCUUUCCUCCCGUCGUUGAACAUUAUGCGCCAGUUCCAGUUCCUCCUGUCACCCCAGGCCCUUCAGGUCGCUACCCUUCAACCCCUUACUCAGCCACCCCUCACCCACCUGGCUGGCUCCCCAAGAGUGAAGCACAAACUACCCUUCUCCCACUUUACAACAACCCACCGCCUCAGGCCCCACAGCCUUCCCACGACGCGCCCUGGAACUCCACCAGCUGGGACACCAAACCUGCCGUCACCACGAAGCCGCCCGGCGGCCCGUCAUCAUACCAACCCGGCCAACGUAGCGCGCAGUGCAAAACCCUCUCCGAGGAAGACCUCCGAUCCCUGUACAAACAAGUCGUCUUCAGCGCCAUGUCCUCUCGCCAGCCCCUUCUCCAACCCAAGCCCGACCGCGAUUUUACCUUGAGAGACUGCUGGGUGUUGAUCGCUUUGAGCGAGCAGUAUGAUCAUUCUUCGGCCUCGAAGGAGAAGUGGUUCGAGCUGCAAGCUAAAUUUGCGAGUGCCACGGGUCGGAUGGUUGAUGUGAAGCUGUUGAGACAGAAGGUGAAGCAGGGGGAGAAGGAGGCGAAGGUGGUGGAGGGGUGGGAGGAUGAUGAGGUUGGAUGGCGGUAUAAGAAGAAGUGGGAGAUGGAGACUGCUUGGGCUCAUUUGCUACUGGCCCGCGGGGUCGGAGGCAUUGAGUUUCUGCCCCCGAACCUCCAGAGGAUGAAUAAAGUAGCCAAUAUUUUCAGCCUCUAUUCUCGAGACCCGAGCGAAGUACCCGGUAUCCCUUUCGACCUCUCUCCCCAAGAUGCUCUUCGACCCGAGACCGUGUUCCGAAUCUGCACAGCCGCCAAACGAGACUUCGAUCCUUUCAUCACCUCCGAUCUGGGCGAGUUCUUGGCCCGAAUCAGACACGUGUUGAGUUUGGUCCUCGGACAUCCUGACUGCAACGACGAAGACAGGAAGAAGGUCGACGACGCGUGGCAGUGCGUUUGUCACGAUGUAAGAGAGGCUAUCUCGUUUAUUCGGCAGAACAGGGAGCUCCUGUGCGCAGCUUGGGAAGCCGGCCGGCCUUAUCUGGGUCCCGACACAAAGGCUGGUCGGGCGAGGAUCACGAAGGCGCAGGUUUCGAUGGAACUUAAGCUUGCAGAUCAUAGUUCUCUCGUGCCCGAUAACCCUUCAAGAGAGAGUAUCAAUGAGGCCUGCUUCUCUUCCCCUGCUACUACUGCUCCUACCCCUGAAGAUCAUCGCUUACGCCAACAUGAACUUGUCAUACCAAAUCCGACGCCUUCGAGAUCGUUUCCGUCGGGAGACAAGGAGGAGUGCGUGAAAGCUACGCGGACAGCUUUGGGAGCUUUGUCGCUCUCUGAACAAAACAGACGCAGAAACAAGGCCACAAGUCCCGAGAGAGCACGCCGAGACCAGCACGAGGACGAGGGCUACAACCGUAUGUCAGACAUGGGUCAUGUAUCAUCCGAGGACGAUGAGAAUGAUGAUGAGGACCUCGAUAUCCAGAACGACAUGGGGUGCUUUCGGCUCCCCGACCGAGACGGACGAAGCAGUGCCCCAACUUCCGAGAGCCGACACCAAAAUCAGCACGAGGACAAGGGCCGCAUCCGUAUGUCGGACCUGGGCUAUGUAUCACCCGAGGACGAUGACGACGGCGGUGGCGGCAACUACUGGUAGGUCCUGUACCACAGACAGCUACAGCAGCUGCAGCAGCAACAGCAGCAACACCUCAACCCUUCUGGCCAUGGAGAGACUCGGAAGAUGAGAUGGGGUCACAAUGAUUGUUCGUCAGAGGGCAUGGAUGG